AUGGAAGUGGCCGGCGCCCGGGGGCCCUCGGUGGAGGACAAGGCCGACCCCGAGGGUGCGACGACCGGGGGCCGGGGCAGUCUAGAGGCCUUCGUGCUGCUGAGCCCGGACGACGCCACUGAGGCCCAGUGCGCUGCCCGCCUCCGCCAGGAAAUCGAGAAAUGGCAGGAGACGUGGCAGGCCCUGGAGGCCGACAGGCGGGAGCUGCGGAAGGCCAAGGCGGACGCGGAGGAGCAGGCCCACACGCUGCGGGCGGAGGCCAAGGCCAGGAGAGCGAGGCUGCAGGGGCGCGGGCCGGACCCUCAGGACCCGGGGGACACGGCGGCCCCGCCGCCCGGCGGGGCAGACGUCCAGCCCCCAGCCCCCACCCCGCUGCCAAGGCUGGCCCUGCUGUUGCCGGCCCGGCCGUCAUCCGGCCCUCGUGGAUCCGACCUGCACAUCCGGCUGCCCUUGCUCGGGGGCUCGGCCCUGGUCACCUUUGAAGACCCGGAGGUGGCCCGGCAGCUGCUGCAGCAGCCCGAACACGAGGUCCAGGUGGAGGAGUGUCGUCUACGCCUCCGCGCCCGGGCCCUGCACCUGCCCGCCCCGGCCGCCCUCCAGGUGUCAGGGCGGCGGUGCGGCCGCAGGGCCCUGCUCAGCGGGCUGCCCACCGGGCUCGGGCUGAGCGACGACCAGUUGCUGGACAAGCUGGAACUUUUCUUCUGUAAAGCGUCGCGCGGCGGCGGGGAAGUGGCCAUGCGGGAGCUGCUGCCCGGGGGCCGGGCCGCCGUGCUGGACUUCGCCGAGGACGGAGUGGUGGACCGUCUGUGCUGCGUGGGCUGGUUCGAAGUGCCUCUGGGCAAGAGGACGGUGACCCUGGCAGUGACCCCGUACCUGAAGGGGGAGGUCAGCGGCCUGGAGCUGGGGUGUCUGCGGGUGCCUCGGACGGUCCUGCUGAGCGGCGUGGCCGACGUGCUGGAAGAGUCCGCGCUGCGCGAUGCCCUGGAGCUCCAUUUCCAGAGACCCACGCGCGGAGGCGGCGAGGUGGAGGCCCUGGUGUACGUGGCCCCGGGCCGACUCGGCUAUGCCCUCUUUACCCCAGAAAUCCAUUAGGCAGCUGGGGGGUGGGCGGGUUCCACCUCCCCCGGCAUCCUUUUUUGCUUUUGUUACUUGCCUAUCACGUCGCCUCUGCCAAUAAACU